AUGGCUCCGGACCCUAUCGACCACGUGGUCAUCCGCUACGAGUGCUGCGAUCCGAAUUUGCUCACCUUUACUGGCAGCUGCGGUGGGGGCAACCCGGCAGACAUCGCCAAAUAUGAGGUCAUGGCCGGCGCGAGGAACAACGCGGGAACCCAGUGGUCGCUGCCGGUGAGUUUAACCUGCGCGCCCCUCAGCCUCAGAUCAAACGUCAACAAGGACAAGUUCGAGAUUCCUGAGAAAUGCUCGCGGCUGCUGCCCGGGGAGACGUGUGAGGUGGGAUGCGGCUCCAACUACAUCCUUCAGAGGAGAACCAACCGAGGCACCUUUACUUGCCAGCUGGGGAUGAACAGGCAGCUGGCGGGAAACCUCCCCAGGUGCAAGAAUAAGCCGAGCGGCAAAAACAACUGCAACGGCCAGGCGCACGUGUCCACGACCACCACAACAUCGGGCUUGCCCGCGGAUUGUGAGCUUUGUGCACAGAUCGGCAACUACAAGGACAGCCGUUUCGAGCAGUGCCGCUUUUGGGGAGACCCUCACAUCACGAAGAGCUGGCGUCCCAGACAGCGAUUUAAUUUCCAAGACACUGGAAUCCAUCGCUACGCGCGAGCUGCCCGCUGCGCCGGCGACUUCGAGCUUCACGUCUUCCAAUGUCAGUACAGCCGCGGCCGGAACUCUGUGGCGACUGGCAUCGCAGCGCGGAUCAACGGAAACGCCACCGUCUUCAUCAGCGAUCGCGUUGUGGAGACCACUGGCGGUAUCUUUGUGGAACCAGACUCCGGGGCCAUCAUCAACGACAGGACGGGCGUGAACGUCCAGAGCGAUGAUGAGUGCGUGUUCUUCAACGUCAACGUGAAGCAUGUCAACAAGAACCCAGGCUUCCUUCACAACAUGAAGCUGCACAUGUUCGGGCAGGACAUCACCCACGAUGGAAUCUGCGGAGCAGCAGACCUGAAGACACAGUACAUCGAUCCCAACUCCACCAACACGAUGAUCUUCACGCCAGAGCAACACUUGGACCUGUGCAACCAGUGCGUCUAUGCAGGGGGAAAGCCUCCGCGCGGCUGCCCUGAGACAACUGCAGUUCCGAAGACCUACACCACAGGUUGCGAGUUCCUGGCGCCCCUGCUGGGCAUCGACCAGGAGUGCACGCCGGAAGACGACUCGCGCUUCGCUCAGCUGCAGGACAAUGGUCAGAAUUGUGUGGUCUAUGCAGUGAUGGAGAGGAGGGAGACGUGCAACGAAGUCUGCGAAAAGAAAGGAAGCACCUGCGUUGCGGCGAAGGCGGAUGACGGCGUGUGCCGCGCCGAUGGAAAGUUCAAGGUCCUAGGUUACUGA